AUGAUGGAGCUACCAGAUAACCCUCCAAAGGUCGACAUCAGGAGGGAUAUUUACGAGACGCUCCCUAAUACGGCAGAAUUAAUAAACAACUGGGACAUGAUCAAGGCCGAGGAGAUCGCAAACGACGUGGUAUCGUGCCUCUCAAAAGCUCUUCAGCAGCGCCAGCACCAUGCCAUCGAAGCCCUCUUCGCCGAACCAUCCUGUCAUUGGAAAGAUACACUAUCUUUCACAGCUCACAUCAGAACUUUCAAUGGCAAAGGUGCCAUUGCAUCGGCUUUACUGGAACUCUUCGCGCUUCGCGAGGCCCAAGGCUUUCAGUUUCAGAAGGCGCAGGUUUUGUCGGCCACCAGUGAACUUAAAUGGCUCGACUGUGAUUUCAGCUUCAUGACUGGAUCUCCCAAGGCUUCCUGUCGAGGAAAGAUGAUGCUCAUUCCUAGCGGCCGUGACUCGGGCGACAACGAAUGGAAGAUUUGGUCCAUGAGUACAUACCUUUCCGAGUACGAAGACUUCCCCGAGGAUGAGGGUCUGCUCAGAGUCCCUUCGACUCCUGUGACGGACGACAGCCAUAUCUCUACGAGUGUGCUGGUUGUCGGUGGGGGCAACGGAGGUUUGAUCCUGGCCGCUCGAUUGAAGGCCCUGGACAUCGACUACGUCGUGAUCGACCGGAAUGCAAGGGUAGGGGAUAAUUGGGCGACGAGAUACGACUGCAUGCGUUUCCACGUCUACAAGUCAUUCUGCGAGACACCGUACAUUCCGUAUCCCCAGGCUUCUAAUGACGGUCUCACACGAGACCAGCUAGCCGAUCAAAUGGUCGCUUUCGCAAAGGAAUUCGACCUAGACCGUCGUGUUCUACACUGUACGACAAUCGCCGCAACCCAGUACAAUCAAGAGGACAAGACAUGGAAUAUUGAGAUACAGACGGGGGAUCUUAGACGCACCCUAUCCUGCAAAUGCAUGGUUCUCGCCACGGGCGGCGCGGGCUUCGCGGGACCCGCGCCCCUUCCAGAUCUUCCGAGCAGGGAAUCCUUCAAGGGCCCCAACAUACACUCGGAAUCGUAUCGUAAUGCUAGCGACCUAGUUGCAGCGGGGGCGAAGUCCGUCGCCAUUAUCGGCUCUGGAAACACUGCAUUCGAUGUCUUGGUCGACUGCCACGACGCCGGUCUCAAGACUACCAUGGUACAGCGAUCAGAGACGUACGUCGUUCCCAUGACGUACUUUGCUCACCCUAUGGGCUUUGGGGUCUACGACAUCCUGUCCCCUGACGACGCGGACGUGAUUGUGAAUGGAGGCCCUUUGGCCAUCGGCGGGGCCCUCCUGGGCUUGGUGCAUAGGAUUCAGGCACAGGAAGAGCCGGAUCGAUAUGCAGAAGCUAGGAGAGCAGGGUUCCGCGUGCAAGACUCGCUGACUGGCGACCUGCUCGUGAACCUCAUCGAUCGUUGCGGAGGACACUUUGUAGACAUGGGCAGCGGCAUGGAGCUCAUCACAACGAAAAAGGCCGGUGUUCGGUCCGGGAUCGUGCCCAAGUCCUACACCGACAAAGGUCUGGUGCUAUCCGAUGGUAGUAAUCUGCAGGCGGAUGCCAUAGUCUGGUGCAUUGGCUUCGGCAACGUUGAUGGCCGAAAGAACCUCCCAGAUACCUUGGGAAUCGGAGCCGAGGACAUUGCAAGGCGUCUUGAGCCUACUUGGGGUGUGGACGCCCAGGGCGAGAUUCGUGGGCUUUGGAAGAGGCACCCUGGAGUUGACAACCUCUGGAUCUUUGCUGGUGGCACGGCUCAGCAUCGAUGGUUUUCAAAGGUGAUUGCUUUGCAGAUUAAGGGAGCUCUCGAGGGGAUCCUGCCGGACGCCUACAGACGCACACCAGAGGCACCUGUUGGUAACGAUUGGGAGCGCGGAGACACAUGGGCUCCAAACCUGUAG